UAGAAAUAAGUGGCAAUGCAUAUUUAUUUAUUUCUCUUUUAUCACAUUAAUUUUGAUUAUAGAAUUAGUUAUUUAUCUUUCCUAAUUCUCUUACAGGUGUAUGUAGGACUUUGUAGUGGGUGUGUGCAAGUUUACCGCCGAGGUGCUGAUGGAGCAUGGCAACUGCGAGAACCUCUGAACAUUUUCCUAGGAACUCAAGGGGUGACUGCUCUCCUGCCCAUAAACACACAUGUAUAUGCUGCUUGUGGGGACCAUGUUCAUGUAAUAGACUGCUUCACAGCUGAAGUUACUAAAAAGUUCUCGGUCCAUCAUGAAGGUGCUGGUGGAGUUCAGCUAAUGGCUCAUUCUGGAAUUGGACUAUGGAUUGCUCAGAAGAAGACUGCGACCAUCUGCCUCUACCAUACUGAAACUUUCAGACACCUGCAGGACAUCAAUGUAGCUUCCAAUGUUUGUCGAGUUUUGGGUGACAAAGGUCCAGCACCUUCAACCAUUACAGUCACUGCUUUGCUGGCAUCACGAGGUCUUCUGUGGGUUGGCACCAAUGUUGGUGUAGCUCUCACUAUUCCUUUGCCACGACUAGAAGGUGUGCCAAUCAUAAGUGGUCGUGCAAAUAUCAGUUACCAUGCUCACCGAGGCCCCAUUACGUUCCUCUUAACGCUUCAACCUCACGCAAGACCACAGGCUACAUUACCUGAGUUGCGACCUGGUUCUCGUCCAUCAUUGCAGGACAGUCAUAGCCAGUCACAACAAGAGAGUUCAAGGAUUCAAUCUUCCACUGAAGAUACCCGAAGUUAUGUAAGCACACCAACUCCAACCUCACGACUAGAGAAGCAGCAGAGUGAUGGGAGCCUCAUUCCAUCAAGGCGUGUACCCCCACGGUUACGACAGCAACUUAGCAGUCCUGUCAUUCUGAGGCGUAAACCCCGAGAUGCACAUCAGCAGCAUGUGCGACGCCUUUCCAAGACAUUGCCUAGAGGUUUGGGGCUGGGAACUCUUGCAGGUAGUCAGGAAUGUGAUGUUUAUGGUCUCUAUGGAGACUUGCUAAAUGUUCAUGAAUAUGAAGAUGAACCAAUGGUAAUUGGGGAAGGCCUCUUGCUUUCUCGUUAUGAUUCAUUACGCCGUAGUGACCCAGAAUUGGCGGUUCCUGCACAAGUCAGUACUCUUGAUCGUCGAGUAAGGUUGAAGGCCUCACGCCCACGUUCCUUGGACCUCUCAACUUGGUCAGUAGACUCAAGAGCAUCAUCAGCUUGCACGACAUCCUCAGGCUCUGAAGAUGGCAGUGGGGGCAUGAACAGUAUCCUGACAGCAACUUCUUCCACAACUCCAUGUGACUCAGGAACUCAUGCAUCAAAUGUUGGCACAACUAGCAGAUCAGCCACAACUGGCCGUCGAAAAGAAGGGGACCCAUCUCGAACACUGAUGACCUUAAUGGGUGGGCGAGGGUAUGUUAAUCUGAGGCAUAUGUUUGAGGGCCAACAAAGCUCCCAUGCUAAUGACCGUGAUGCACAUGUUGUGGUGUGGGAGAUGAAGCUUUAAUUAUCUUUCUUGCCUGACUUCCUUUAACUUAUUUAUCUGACUUUCUGUUACUUUUACAAACCCUGUGCAAUUGUGAUAUGUUAAAGUUUUGUGUCCAUACUUAGAAUGGUAUCCUCUGUGUUACUAUAUAGGCAUUUGAAUUGUCUAGUUGAAGUGAUUGAUGUUCAGCUUCCAUCACAACAAAACUUGAUGUUGUCUUUGUAUUUAGUGUCAUAUAACGCUUAUGUCGAGGCUGCUUUAUAAGAAAAGAAAAAUAUCUAUAUACUGUAAAACUAUAUCCCAACUGUUCAAGUGUAAAUAUCAGAUGAACUGCUAUUUUAAAUACAUUAUUUUGGUCAAUAUUGCAGACCUUGCCAAUCUGCUCCGAAAGUAUUGUCUAAGUCUAUGUAAUAAAGAAACAUUAUUUUGCUGAA